CUAUGCCGUGUCCCGCGUGUGGGAAAAGGCAUUAAGCCAUUAACUAACCCCCCGAAACGGAAACCCAAAAACCCGUUUUAAAAGCCUCUUGCUUCCACUCUGGUUCCCUCCCCCUCGAUCUCCACCUAAGAUAGAUCCACCAACCACAGUACCUCAACCCAAGAUUCUCGAACCUUCUCAGAUCCAAGUUCGUUAAUCCCACUUUCUUUGUCUCACUCAUUUUCCUUCUCAUUCUUAGUCGCUUCUUUUCCCUAACGAAUUGCUGACCUUUCACUUACUCGCAAGCAAUACGGUGCCGUAUCAUAGCUAACAGCGAAAUUCAGUCAACAAAACCCUAAUUAGUUGUUUUUUCUAUUUUGUUUGAGGUUUUAGGGAAGAAGAAAGAGGGGAAAAGAAUGGGUGAGAAGAAUAAGGUAGUUGGAGAAGGUGAGAAGAAGACAGAGGAAAGUGUUGGUGCCACUGCUGUUGUUGGUGAAGGAGAGGAGGAAAAGAAUACGAAGAAGAAGAAGAGUAAGAAGCAGGGGUUAAUUUCUCGAAUUUGGAACGGGAUUUUCAGAAGACAUAGCGAUGAUUUCGAGAAGAGGCUGCAGUAUAUUUCCAAAGAGGAAGCUGCGGUUAUGGCCAGGGUCAAUCGGAGAAACCGGUCGUGGCGGAGAACUUCGCGCCAGAUCAUCAUAAUUUCUGUUAUAUUUGAGGCCGUUGCUGUAGGUUUCGCAAUCAUGACAACUAGAUCAAUGGAUAUGAAUUGGAAGAUGAGAGCAAUCCGAGUUUUGCCAAUGUUUCUUCUGCCUGCCUUGUCAUCUGCUGUUUAUUCAACGUAUGUCAGCUUCAUAAGGAUGCGUGAUCGCAAGGACCAGAAAAUUCUUGUAAAGCUUCGGGCUGAAAGGCAGGCAAAAAUUGAUGAGCUCAAAGAAAAGACAAAUUAUUACAUUACUCAACAACUCAUUCAGAGAUAUGACACAGAUCCAGCAGCAAAGGCAGCUGCUGCAACUGUUUUGGCAUCCAAGUUGGGUGCAGAUUCUGGCUUGAAAGUAUACGUGGGAGAUGAAUCUAACUCUGCUGCUCCAACAGGGCAGAGCAUUGAUGCUGAGCCUGCAAGGUCUAGUGGACUUAGAAAUCGGAAAACAGUGCAUUCUAGAUCCAUUAGUUCUGGGACAUCUACUCCAAAUGUUCCUGAUCAACAACUAGUUGGUGCUGCCGGAACUGAUCAAACUCAUACUUCUGAGCACAAUCAGCUUGUAGUUGUUGAACAUCACCAACCUCAAAGUUCAACAUCACAAGAUGGGUGGAUUGCUAGAAUCGCAGCAUUGCUUGUAGGUGAGGAUCCAACACAGUCAUAUGCGCUCAUAUGCGGUAACUGCCAUAUGCAUAAUGGUCUUGCUCGGAAGGAGGAUUUCCCAUUUAUUACUUACUAUUGCCCACACUGUCGCGCCUUAAACAAACCAAAGCAAUCAGAUGAGCGUGUCUCUAGUGGUAACUCCCCAAAUAUGAGGUUUCCAAACACAGAUGAUGGUGAAGCAGUAAUUAAAACUGUUAGUGCUUCUGCUGCUGACAGCAUAAUCAAAAGCAAUAAUCCCUUAGAUACUGCUACCCCUGAGAUUGAAGAAGUAUCCGAAGUGGCUAGUUCAGGGGAGAAAAAUAGUUAAGGGCAGCCUCAUUUAGUCAUGGCCUGUUGUUGCGAGCUGUCUUGCCCCCCUUAUCUCGGGAAGCUGACCAACUAUGAGUAUGUUCGGUUGGGGUGCUAAAAUGAGGAGUGAUUUUUCAUAAACGAGUUUGAUGUGUAAAAUUAUGCACGAAGCUCAUUCAUGAAUUUGUUACUCAAUUUUUACCCUCCAACCAAAUAUAAAGGAAGCAAGUAUGGAUAUUGUUUCCCUUGUUGGUUCUGUAAUAGGAAUAGUGUUGAUAUUAUACUGAGAAUUGUGAAACUGUGAUUUAUAAUUUAUAGAUUACAUGUCUCAA